CCCUGCCCGCCGGUUGCCGGGGAGCGGCCGCCGAGGCCCGCGGGGCCGGGGAACCGGCGGCGCGCGGAGAGGUACUUGAGGGGACUCCGGACGGGCAGGGCUCCCAGCCAUGCAGCCACUGGCCCUGCUCACGCUGGGUCCCCUCGGGCCUGAAGGGGAGCCGCGGCCAUUUCUCCCCUCUGGGCCUCGCCGGCCCCGGCUGACCAUGCAUCCCUGACACCAGACGUCUGGACGUCGCCAGCAGCCCAGGAGGAACCAUCUCCGGGGGGCGUCUGGGCUGCCGCCGUCCACGAGGGCUGGUCCCUGGACUAUGCCGUCCAAGUGGGCGAGCCGGGGGCACUCAGAGGUCGCCCCCCAGCAGCCCAUCACCGCCCAGGAGCCUGAAGGCAGAAUGCUCAAGGGGCAGCUUCCAAACACGGAUGAAGAGCUUGCCCCCCGCCCGGGGUCCCCGGCCCCGCCCACUGCCCCCCGUCUGGGGCCCGAGAAGAGCCCAGUGCUCCCUCUGGACACUGCGGCCCCAGUCAGCAGUAAGGAGGACGACCCGCAGGCCAAGGCAAGACCCUUCACCCCGAAGCCGCCUACCAGGCCCAGGCUGGAGCGAGCGCUGUCCCUGGACGAGAAGAGCUGGAGGAAGAGGCGUUUCCGAACCAGCCGGGAGGACCUGGCCGCGCGGAACGGGGCCAGCCCCUCCGGGGGCUCCCUGCCGGACAAGGCCCCCGAGACCCCCGCCCACGGCGGCUCCCCGCCCUGCCUGAGCACCUCCCUGCAGGAAAUCCCCACAGCCCGCGGGGCCCUGGGCGGCGGAGGCCCCUCCACCUGGGGGAGCUGCCUCUCCGGGAUGAUCAGCACUUCCCUGGACCUCCUGCACCGCGACGGGGCCGCGGCCAGGAGCAGCCCCCGGCUGGCCAGUGUGCUUCCCGCACGCCCGCUGCCCGCCAUGGACCACAGCGUCGCCUCCGAGUCCCUGCGGACGGCGCACAAGGUGGACGCGGACCACGCCGACUACAAGCUCCGCCUGCAGGCCAGGCUGUUCCGGGCCCACAGCAGCCUGGGCCCCGGCCGGCCCCCCAGCCCCCUGGCCUGUGACGACGGCUCCCUCCACUCGGCCAGGUCCACCUUCAGCCUCCUGGCACCCAUCCGCGCCCAGGACGUCCGCAGCAGGAGCUACCUGGAGGGGAGCCUCCUGGCCAGCGGGGCCCUGAUGGGGGCGGACGAGCUGGCCCGGUACUUCCCAGACCGGACCGUGGCGCUCUUCGUGGCCACGUGGAACAUGCAGGGCCAGAAGGAGCUGCCCCCGAACCUGGAUGAGCUCCUGCUGCCGGCCGAGGCCGACUACGCCCAGGACCUGUACGUCGUGGGAGUCCAGGAGGGCUGCUCCGACAGGCGGGAGUGGGAGACGCGCCUGCAGGAGACGCUGGGCCCGCACUACGUCAUGCUGCACUCGGCGGCGCACGGCGCGCUCUACCUGUCGGUGCUCAUCCGCAGGGACCUCAUCUGGUUCUGCUCAGAGGUGGAGAGCGCCACGGUGACCACGCGCAUCGUGUCGCAAAUCAAGACCAAGGGGGCCCUGGGCGUGAGCUUCACCUUCUUCGGCACCUCUUUCCUCUUCAUCACGUCCCACUUCACCUCCGGGGACGGGAAGGUGGGCGAGAGGCUGACGGACUACAGCAAGACCAUCCAGGGCCUUGCCCUGCCCAGGACCGUGCCGGACACCAGCCCCUACCGCUCGGACGCAGCGGACGUCACCACCCGCUUCGACGGGGUGUUCUGGUUCGGAGACUUCAACUUCCGCCUGAGCGGCGGGCGGGCGGCCGUGGAGGCCAUGCUGAAGCGGGAGGCGGGCGCCAGCGUGCAGGCCCUGCUGCAGCACGACCAGCUCGCCAGGGAGAUGAGCAGAGGGUCCGUCUUCAAGGGCUUCCAGGAGCCGGACAUCCACUUCCUGCCGUCGUACAAGUUCGACGUCGGCAAGGACUCGUACGACACCACCUCCAAGCAGAGGGUCCCGUCCUACACGGUGAGGCCUCCGCGGGAGGGCUGCGCCGCUGGGGAGCAGCCGAGGCCAAGGCCGCCCGGUCACGCCCUGCCCGUGGACCCCCUUCCUGCAGGACCGCGUCCUGUACAGAAGCCGCCACAGGGACGACAUCUGUCCGCUCAAGUACUCCUGCUGCCCGGGCAUCAGGACGUCAGACCACCGCCCCGUGUACGGCCUGUUCCGGGUGAAAGUGAGGCCGGGCAGAGACAACAUCCCGCUGGCCGCCGGCAAGUUCGACCGGGAGCUCUACCUGCUGGGGAUCAAGAGGCGGAUUUCCAAGGAGACCCAGAGACAGCAGGCGCUGAAGAGCCAGCACGCCAGCGCCAUCUGCACCGUCUCCUGAGGGAGCUGCGUGGGGACUUGUCGCCGCCGGCGGAGGGGCCUGGGAGACGGCGGGGCUGCCCUCCGGGCGUCCGGCUCUGGGGUGCUGACCACCUGCUGCUGCUGGCCGGCCCGCUCCCCACGGAGCUUCCCUCUCAGGGCGGACCGGGCCAGCGACCCCGGCCUCGAGCCGCUCCCGGGCUCCAAAGCCGGCGGAGGGACCUGCGCUCCUGCCCACCGGCCUGCCAGGCGCCCUGGCCGCCUUUACUGUUUCGCCCAGCCCUGCGGCCUCCCAGCAGCCCCGCCAACCCGCCUGAGCACAGGCGCUCCGGCCGGGGUCAGGUGCUGGGACCAAACGAACGGAGGCCGGGACCAGGAGGGGCUGGCGGUUCGAGGCCCCCAACCACCCGCGCCUGGUCUUGGUGGCUUCAGACCAUGGCUCAGUAACACCAGGGACGGGGCGUUAGUGUGAGCGCCUCUGGUCUGAGAGUCCACUGGAAGCGGGGCACCACCGGGCGGCCCAGGCCGGCCCUUCACCCUGGAGUUCUUUUUCCUAAAGGGCUCAGAGCCCGGUAUCGCUUUGUCUUACCCCACCUCUUGAAAAACACAAAACAAACCAAAAAAAAAAACGGCUUUCAUUGGGGGAAGAUCUAGGGGCAUUCGAUCCAGUCUCUUAAAUUAUUUAUUUUUCCAUAUUUAUAUUUUUAAAUAAAUGCACCUAUUGAAUCUUAAA